GAAAGAUAAACGCUGGACGUUAAUAAUGUGUUCAGUGUUUUAAAUAAUUUGCGCCUCGUUUCGUACUAUUUUCGAAAAUAGAGCAUUUAACAAAAAGGCAGAAAAGUACUCGAGCUCAAUACAUUUAGCAGUCUGUUUGGGCGAAUAACUAGUAGAUAUUCGAGACAACAGAGGGAGUAGCUUAUCGCAUGAAUCAGUCAGCUUGACGUUUUAAAGUCGAAGGAGCAGACAACGAGCGAGCAGAGAAGAAGAGGAAAAUAAAGAGAAGAAGAAGAGUCGUAUUUUUGUAACAAGAUGAACAGAUUGUUCGGGAAGCCCAAACCCAAGGAACCGGGACCAAGCCUCACAGAUUGCAUCGCUGGGGUUGACAGCCGGGCAGAUUCCGCGGAGAAGAAGGUAGCUAAGCUAGAUGCCGAGUUGAAGAAGUAUAAAGAUCAAAUGGUGAAGAUGAGGGAAGGCCCGGCGAAGAACGCGGUUAAGGCUAAGGCGUUGCGCGUUCUCAGGCAGCGGAAGAUGUACGAGUCGCAAGUGGACAACUUGCGUCAGCAGGCGUUCAACAUGGAACAAGCAAAUUACGCUACUCAAACUUUGAAGGAUACUCAAACGACCGUGGUUGCCAUGAAGGAGGGAGUGAAACAAAUGCAGAAGGAAUUUAAGCACGUUAACAUAGAUCACAUCGAGGAUCUUCAAGACGAUUUGGCGGAUAUGCUGGAACAAGCGGACGAGGUGCAAGAGGCACUCGGUCGUAGUUAUGGUACGCCGGAUAUAGACGAGGACGAAUUGGCAGCUGAAUUGGAAGCAUUGGGAGAUGAUAUAGGAAUCGAGGAAGAUAGCAGCUACUUGGACGACGCUAUCAAAGCGCCCAGUGCACCCGACAAAGAACCUGGUGCAAGUUCUAUCAGGAACAAGGACGGCGUCCCAGUAGAUGAGUUCGGCUUGCCACAAAUUCCAGCGAGUUAGAAUGCUGUACCGAGCAUGGAUACCGACGGGUACAAGUUAAUCUAACGUUUAUAUAAAUAAGAACAAAACCGGAAGUGAUCCAAAAGGAUCUGCGACUCGCGGAAGCUUUUUCUACACGUUGCAAUACAAGAAUAACACUCGUGCAUAAAUGAUCGUAGACUAACUCGCGCAAAUUCUAAGUCUAUAUCAUAUAAUAUUGUUAUCGAUAGAUACCUUGUUUUUAACGCAUUGCGUCUGUCCUGUUAAUGUAUAGAUCGAAAUAUAAUAAAUGAUAUCUAAGAUGAACGUUCAGACUAUUUGCAACCGUGGGACGUCCGUUUCAUUUUGGUUCUGCAACUCCGCGUACUGCGCGAUCAAGUCCGUUACCGUCUCUCUGCUGUCUAGGAAAUCCGUUUCCUCGAACCCACGUACUUGCGUAUAGUGAUAGAUAUGCGCCUGCAAUGUAAGUUUACAAUUCUGGUAACUAACGUCUACGCAUAUAAUGCACGUGUCCGCGUUCGUAGUAUUACCUUCCGUUUGUACAGCCUGUCAAACUGUUUCACUAAAUUCUUAAAUAACGACGACAUCGACGAGGAAUUUAAAAGGCAGAGUAACGAAGUCGCAUGUCCAGCCGGAGGCACGGAGCACAGACCUACUUUCAUAGCUUCGUCGCUCCAUUUCGUAAACUUAACUUUACUUCGAAACCUGAGAAGAUCGUCAGAUUACGAGAAAUAUAUAGCAGAACGACUGUAAUUAAGAUCGAAUAUAUAUUAUGUGCACCUUUCGAUGUUUCGUUUCAAAUCAUUCACGGAACAGUUGCCUCUAGCGAUAUGCGCGGCGCUUAGAAUCGUCGAAUCCGUUUGCAACGGAUCUAUUUUAAUCGUCUGGUUGUUUCGCGACCAAGCGUUAGUAAAUAUUUCAUCUAUUAAUCUAAAAGAUGUGUAGAUACAUUAAUUUGUUAAACCCUAAACGUUCAAGCUAAGUGUAUAUGUACUUCGUUCCAUGUGUACUGCACGCCGUCGGUGCGGACAAUGCCACUGGACUAACGCUGCUAAAUAUAUAAUGUAAUUUUGGAUACGCCA